UUGCCACACACGGAAAAGACGCAAGUUGAAUUGCAUAUUUGCGUAGUGUAUUAGAGGGAAAAGUAAAAUUUUCUGUAAAUGUUUGUUCAAAGAAGAUAAUUUCCUAAAAGGAGAAUUCCCAAUGUAAAAUUUGAAAUUGAAAGCAUAUUUUGGAUAUGAUUUUAUAAAAUUUAUUAUCUAAAACAACUUUUCAGGUAUUUAUUGCGAAGAAAGCAAAACGCAAAAAAUAAAUUAAGAAGGCGCCACCGUAAAUUUAUACAACACUUCGGUUAUAAUCAUAUAAAAUAAACGAAUGCAAGAUGAGUUCCUAUUCGCAUGCCGAUCCCAUCGCCUUGAGUUUCAAUGAGACAUGCCUUCGCAUGUCGGAUAUACAAUUACUGCAAGGACCCCAUUGGUUAAAUGAUCAAAUUAUAUCGUUUUACUACGAGUACCUGGAGCAUGUGAAAUACAAAAAUAAUCCGGAUUUGUUGUUUGUGCCGCCAGAGGUGGCCCAAUGUAUGAAAUUAACAGAUGAUGGCGAGUUGGAAACUCUAUUUAAUCAAUUGGAAGCGCCGAAAAAACCUUUCAUAUUUUUUGUUCUGAACGAUAAUGAUAGUACACAUGCCGGUGGUACGCAUUGGUCCUUGUUAGUGUUUUCAAGGCCGGAGAAGACUUUCUUUCAUUUCGAUAGCUGGGGCAGUAGCAACACACAGGCUUCCCAUCAAUUUGUGCAGCGUAUCAAGGACGCCUUAAAUUGUCGCAAUUGCCAUGUAAAGGCAAUACGAUGCCUUCAGCAGGCCAAUGGAUACGAUUGCGGCAUACAUGUAAUCUGCAUGACCGAUAAUAUCGCGGACAAUGUGAAUCGUUACGAAUGCGUAGAAGGUGUAGGGCCUUUACAUCACGAUAUAAUCAGUGCAAAACGAUCGGAUUUACUCAAAUUAAUACAGUCGCUGGGCGGCAAAAUUUAAAAUUUUUACGUUAAUAUAAUUUUCCAUAUUUAUCGCUA